AACAGUUUCUAUGGCACACAGUGCACCACAUAUUUCCUCAUUUUGGUAGACACAGAGAUUACGUAUACAAAUUACAGACAGUCCUCGGUGCUCGAGCAAACAUUAUCGGAAACCCCUUAAUUUUCGGCUAUGCCAAGGUGAAGAAGAAGAAAGGUUUGUAUUUUCAUUUUUUGGAGCCAAAGAUGGUAGUCGAAGGGAUGACUGUGGGAAGAGCUACUGCAACUCCAUUACGGUUGAACUGGGGAGCUUUAAAAAGAGUGCAGUCUCAAGUUGUUCCUUCAACUAUUCGAGCUUCUCAGUCAAUGGAGGACAAGGACAAGGUCUAUAAAGAAGUGGGGUUGUUUUCAUUAAGAAAGAAGAUUGAAGAUGCAGUCCUUCGUGCUGAAGUUUUGGCAUCAACAGCACUGGAGUCGGAAGAAGCAAGACAAAUCAAGCAGGAAGAGAUGAUUCGUGAAUAUAACCUUUGGGAUGACCUCACUAAAUCAAACGAAAUUCUUUUUGAGCUAGCUGAUAGUACCAGAGUGGUGGAUGCUCUUAGAGAUGUGCGAUACAAGGCCGAAGAAGCCAAACUGAUCACACAGCUAGCAGAGAUGGAUGCCAUAAACUCCAGGCUUUUCAAGCAAGCAUAUAGCGCCUCUGUAGAUAUGAGCAAGUUCCUGGAUCGGUAUGAGAUGUCCAAGCUUCUUUGUGGACCAUAUGACAUGGAAGGGGCUUGUGUCACUAUUCAAGCUGGACCUAAAGGUGUCUACCCUGAGGUAUGGGCAGAACGACUUCUAAAAAUGUAUACCCAAUGGGCUAAAAAGCAUGGUCACAAAGGAAGGGUAGUUGAGAAAUAUCCUGCCAAAGAUGGGGGCAUAAAGUCUGCAAUUGUUGAGUUUGAAUAUGAAUAUGCUUAUGGAUUUCUUUGUGGAGAGAGAGGCAUACACCGGAUGGUUGGAAUUUUUCAUGAUAUAUCUCUUCUGUGCGAGACUAGCUUGGCCAGAGUAGAUGUUAUUCCCCUUUUCCUUCAUAAAACAUCUGACCUGGAAGUAGAUGAUAAAGAUUUGUUAAUCUCAUCACUCUCACGUAGCGGAGAAGAGAAGCUUAUUUGCCAAACUGAACUCGCUGUUAGCAUUCGACAUAUUCCAACGGGCAUCAGAGUCCAAUCUUCAGGUGAAAGGAGCCACUUUGCGAAUAAAAUCAAGGCCCUAAACCGUCUGAAAGCCAAACUUCUUGUGAUUGCGAUGGAGCAGGGAGUCUCCAAUGUGAAGAACAUCAAGAGAGAUUCCAUUGAUGGUUUGUGGCAUCAAGAGACCCGAAGAUAUGGAUGCGAAUCGAAUUCGGAUUUUUAAUUAUCUGUUUACAUCCCUACUAGGUUGCAAAGGAACAAAGGUGAUCACAACUGAAGUAUGGAUGGAAAAUCAAGAGGUGGCUAAUUGGCUUAUGUAGACGAAAAGUAGAGGCUAGCUGUGGAAAAACUUUUCGUUGGAAACCUUUGAACCAAUGAAAUCUUUUGAGCUGAUAUAUGUUAUUAUAAAAUAUGAGUUAGAUGUUUUGAUUAUCUAUAAAUGGGAUUGUAAAGCGGAGAUUGAGAAGCAUUUAUCGAUCCCUUAUAAUUAAGGAUGUAGUUGGUUUUAUUUAGCUAAUAUAUUUUAGGGAAAAAAGAACAUUGCGUAGCCAUGUGGUCCUUGCAUUAGUGCCAGGGCUAAUGAGAGCACACACAAGGAAUCAAUAUGAAUGAAUUUUUUUAUUUUA